AUGCCGGACUUGCUGGAGCCGGAGACGAUUUCUCGAGGACAUGGCGAGCUCGGAGGUGAGCUGAGCCGCUAUUGGACCCUGGGGCGGAGUAUAUCAGCAGUUUGCAACUCGGUCCCACCCAUCUGCCAUCCGGUACUGUCACUCGCUUGUAUUCGUUGCCUUAUGCCUGAGUCCAUUCCCUUGAGGAAGAAGCCUCCGCCGCAUCCUCGCACCCUCGUCCACUCCCUCUCUGAAGACUUCAGCCUCGAGCCCCCAAAUCGGACCACCUCGCCCAUUGUUGCUUCCGGGUCCAAUCCCCGACAACUUCCCCGAACACGCUCUUCGUCGCGACAACAUAGAAAAGCAAACGCAAAGGGUCCUUCUGCGCUCAAGGAAUCGGAUAGCCCAGCCAACUCAGACCUCGAAUUCGACGACUGGGAUGAACACGACGCGGCCAUGCCCUCAGAUCUUAGACCGUCAAUGGAUGUCAGAGAAGGACGCGCGAGUGCGCCCUUGCUAGGGCGCAAGACGGAGGACAACAGUAUGGAUGAAGGCUUGUUGGGGAGGAGCACACAUCACUUCCACGAGCGGGAUCCAGAGACGCAAGCAAAACACGAGACGCGGAAGAAGUACACAUAUGCGGCUUUCCUGCUUGCGCUGAGCUUGGUGAGCUUCACAGUACAGACGGAAACGGCGGUAUACAUCCAGCAUCAGUUGAAAUGGGAGAAGCCAUAUUGUAUGCUCUACAUGACCCACGGCUCGUGGGUAGUAUUAUGGCCAGCAACUCUCUUUCUAUUACGUCUCCAGCACUGGAACGAGCCAUGGCCGACCUUUUGGCGACGACACGUCCAGCUCCUCCGCCAAACCGCCCUCAUGGUCCAGCACCAGAACCUCCACCCCACACCCCGCCAAUCCCAAGUCUCGCCCGUACCAUACAUGCUCAAGAUGACGGCCUUCAUCACAUGCGCUCUCACACUGGCAGGAGGAAGUUGGUACGUGGCCGUCAACCAGACCACGGCGAGCGACCUGACAGCCAUAUACAACUGCUCCGCCUUCUUCGCCUAUGCCUUUAGCAUCCCCAUCCUCCACGAGAAAGUCCGCGCUAGCAAGAUCAUCGCCGUAGCCAUCGCCAUUGUGGGUGUCUUCGUCGUCGCAUACGGCGACACCUCCCCCGCGAAACACGGUUCCCAGUCCGGAGGCGGAGCCGGCGGCGAUAAAGCGCCCCCGUCCCGUGAAGCCGAGAACCGCGCUUUUGGCAACCUCGUCAUUGGUAUCGGAAGUGUGUUGUAUGGGCUCUACGAAGUGCUGUACAAGAGGCUUGCGUGUCCACCUGAAGGCGCAGCACCGAACAAGGGUGUCAUCUUCGCGAAUCUGUUUGGUAGUUUGAUCGGUGCUUUUACUUUGAGCGUGCUAUGGAUUCCGUUGCCUCUUUUGCAUUACAUGGGUUGGGAGUUAUUCGAAUUGCCGCAUGGAGAGCAGGCAUGGAUGAUGGCUAUCAGUGUGUUGGCUAACGCUACCUUCUCCGGAGCUUUCCUCGCACUCAUCUCCCUCACCUCGCCCGUCCUCUCCUCCGUCGCAGCUCUCCUCACUAUUUUCAUCGUCGCGCUUGUCGAUCAGCUUCUUCCUCCGCCGCUCAACUCGCCUCUUACACCCGCUGCUAUUGUCGGUGGUCUUCUUAUCAUCGGUGCGUUUAUUUUGUUAUCAUAUGCGUCGUACAAGGAGAUGGAUGAGGAAAGGAGACAUAAGCUUGAAGACGCACCUAGUGAAAUGGAUGAUUAG